AAAAAAAAACUCAAGGGUCUCCUUCCAGCACUCAUCUUAACGAAUGUCUAUCCUUCAAAAAAGACAUGUCAAAAGUUAAACGAUGAAAGUACGAUAGAUUCUUUGUCGAUAAAAGCAUUAUUUAUCUAUUUUUAUCCAUAAAAAGACUCUUCUCAGACUGUUCAUACCAAUUGCAAAUAUCAUCAAAUAUUUCCACGAAAAUAAUGAUCGAUUCAUCUGUGAAUGAAUUAAUCACAGUACGAAUUGGAUUUCAACAACUUGGUCAACCAAUUCUUUUCUCUUUCGGUCUUCUUGGUUGUAUUCUAAACAUCAUUAUAUUUCUUCGUCCAUCAUUACGUACGAAUUCUUGUGCAAUCUAUUUUCAUAUGAGUACAUAGGCAAAUUUAUUUUGUUUAACAUUCGGUAUGUUUGUUGAAAUAAUUUCUUUCUUUCUCAAUUAUGAUUUCUUAUUAAAUAAUACCAUUUGGUGUAAAAUUCGAUAUUAUAUAUUAACAAAUUGUCAAUUGAUCAGUCGUGUGUGUGUUGUUUUCGCAUGUUUAGAUCGUUUUUCUUAUGUUCAUCAAAUGUUCAUCAUCGAUUAUUUUGUCGAUCGAAAAUCGCAGUUCGAAAUCUUCUCGUCAUUACUGUGUUUUGUUCUUGUUUAACAAUUUAUGUUUUAAUUGUUUAUGAUGCAUUUCCUCAAACACGUCAAUGUACAACAAAUUCACAUGUGGAAAGAAUUCUUGAUACAACUGUUUUAUUUGUUUUCAAUUUUGGAAUUCCAGCAUUUUCAAUGACAAUUUUGAGUUUUUCAAUUCUUUGGCGUUUGAAACAAAAUGCGAAGAGAUUGGCUCAACAAAAAAUAAAUGUUCGUAAACAUGAUCUUCAACUUUCAACAAUGCUUUUUGGACAAGUUCUUCUCUAUAUUUUGACUGCAUUACCAUUUGUUUGUAAUUUUGUUUAUAUAACGAUAACAGGAGCUUUUGGUAGUUAUGUGUUCAAUGCGGCAAGAAUUUGUUCGGAAGAAAUAUUUCAUUAA